CAGGCGUCAUUAAAGCAGGAAGAACCGGUUCUGUUUUGUACAACAGCGUUAAACUGCGCUUCUUUUUAAUAAAGUUUUCCUCAAUAGUGUACCGAAUAUUCACCAGGCUGUGGGUCAGUACUACAGAGAGAUACGCUCAUGGAUAAAUAGUCAUCAUGAACAGUGGGGUCUUUCUCAGCCUGCUGGCAGCUCUCUGCCUACCUCUUUUCUUGGUCACAGUCUCUAUCGAGGCUCCUGCAAUCGACACAAAUGCUUUGACCAUUGCCUCACCGGAGGUCAGUAACCCCUCAACACCUCAGCCUAUCAUUUGGGCAGAUACACCAACAACUAAAACAUCCAUCUCUCAAACUCCACCCACUGCAUUUACUUCAACUGGGGUAACACUCUCCAGCUCCAACAGUAGACAUGAAACCGCAGGAUCUUCAAUAAUGGCAACUGUAACUGGAGACAAAUCAGGAACAUCAGAUGUGAUUGAGGAAAUAGUUACAGAAUUACCAGUGGAAAUUCUAACCUUAAUAAUUGGCUUUGUCAAUGAACGGACCGCUGCAACAAUAUCCAAAGCAUUCACCACAAAACUCAGGCCAACUGCAAGUCAUACCACAAUGCCAACUGAGAUUAAUUUACCAACAGCAACACCAUCACAAAGGACACAGGCUAAAACACAAAGCACAUCCACAGCAACAAAAUCCAAUACAAUACCAGCAUCCAAAGCUUCAACACCAUCAUCAACAUCAAUAUCAUCAGCAUUUGAGGAUUUAUCAACGGUGACUACAGCCCAACAAACUACACAAUCUACAGCUACAGCGUCCACAACCUCAAAUUCAGCACAAAGUACAGCACCUGAGGAUUCACCAACAGUGAAUACAACACUUUGUAUUGCAACACAAUCUGUGUCCACAUCAGCAACAACCAUAACCCAAAGUACAGCAUCUGAGGAUUCUUCAACGCAAAGACCAUCACAAACUACACUCAUAACUUCAAAAUCCACUCACAGUACAGCAUCGGAGGAUUCACCAACUGUAACAUCAUUUACAACACAAAGUAUGAUCACAUCUACACCAACACAAUCUAUUCUAAUAACAACAGAAUCUGCAUCAACAUCAACCGCAAGUACAACAUCUGAGCAUUCACCUACAGUGACUACAACACCAUCUAUUGCAACAUCAUCAACAACACAAAGUGUGAUCGCAACUACACAGACGCAAUCUAUUCUGCCCACAGUUGAAUUAGCAACAACAUCAACCCAGAGUUCACCAUCCGAAGGUUCAGAAACCCAAAGACCAACACAAAUUACAGCUAUAACCUCACAAUCAGCACAAAGUACAGCCUCUGAGGACUCACCAACAGUGACUACAACACUUUCUAUUGCAACAGCAUCCACAACAGAAUCUGUGUCCACAUCAGCAACAACCAUAACCCAAAGUACAGCAUCUGAGGAUUCUUCAACGCAAAGACCAUCACAAACUACACUCAUAACUUCAAAAUCCACUCACAGUACAGCAUCGGAGGAUUCACCAACUGUAACAUCAUUUACAACACAAAGUAUGAUCACAUCUACACCAACACAAUCUAUUCUAAUAACAACAGAAUCUGCAUCAACAUCAACCGCAAGUACAACAUCUGAGCAUUCACCUACAGUGACUACAACACCAUCUAUUGCAACAUCAUCAACAACACAAAGUGUGAUCGCAACUACACAGACGCAAUCUGUUCUGCCCACACAACAACCAUAA